AUGACCAGCGUCGAGUCCUCCAUCCAGCACGGCCCCGGCCCCGGCCCCGCUGCUGCUGCUGCAGCCGCCGGCCCCGCACCCAACACUCCCGCCUCCGCGGACACCACGCCGUCCCGUGGACCGCCGCGCAAGCGCAACCGCCAGGCCCUCUCGUGCUCCGCCUGCCGAGAGCGCAAGAUCAAGUGCGACCGCAUCGUCCCCUGCUCACAGUGCGUCAAGCGCGGCGACCAGGAACACUGCCACAUUGAGCAGAAGCCAAAGCUCGAACACCCAAAGCCAUCACGCACGAAGAACCACGACCAGCGACAGCAGAACCACCAGCAGCAGGCGGCGUCCUCGACCGCUUCCGGCCAAGCUGCAUCCGCCUCGUCCUCGUACGCCUUCGACGACAACGCCAACGGCAACGGGCCCCCGUCUCCGGGGACGCUCGCAUACAACCAGUUCAGCGCCGCCCUUUCCACCAACGGCAGCGUGUACUCGUCCAUCAGCCCUCCGCCCGCAGAGGUCGACGCCAUCAAGGCGCGGCUAGCCCUCCUCGAGUCGGUCAUGGGCAAGACGUCGCCCGCCUCCAUGUCCAACCUCGCCCUCGCCGCCCUCGACCCUGCCUCGGCGUCGUCGCCGGAUUCGUCGUCGCACCACGCCUCUUCCGCCUCGUGGCUGCCCAGAGGGUCGACCGGCAGCAGCCCCAUCGACAACUUUGCCGGCGCACCGAGAUCCGACUCGACCAGGUCCACCAGCCUCGGCGCCCACUCGCAUUCUCCCUCCAGCCAGCAGCGCACCGAGAGCGACAGCGAAGAGGAGCCCGACUGGAUGUCGCUCCGCAGCAGCGACGCCCACCGCGACUCGUCCAAGGAGUCGCAGGGCGUCGCCUUCGGGCCGAGGUACCACGACUCGAUCCGCGAUAUUCACAAAAUGUCGCGCAAGGAGCUCGACAGCGACACUGAGGAGGCCGUCACGGUGCUCGAGACGCUGGCCAUGAACAACGGGCAGCAGCAGGGCAACGGCACCAGCUGCCCCGCGUCGGCCGCCGAAGCGGACCGCCACGAGCAGGAGUGCGAAGAGGUGCGCGUCGGGUUCGAGCGCUGCCUGCUCAGGGACAAGCAGCACGACAUCAUGGCCGACGACGGUGGCUGCCCCAACGGCGGCAACGCGGCGGGCCCGUCCCAGGCGGGCGUAGAGCUGCAGGACCUGAUCGCGACGGCCGCCGCUGCCGCUUCCGCCCCCGCUCAGCCAAGCGUCGUGCCACCCGACGGCGGCAUGGACCCGUCGCUCCUGUCGAUCGCCGUCGGCGACCGACGCAGUGGUGUCCCAGGCGCGACGGCUCGCGGCGUCGGCGGUCCGCAAUGCGCCUGCGGUCCCAACUGCGCCCCAGGCAAGGACGGCGCGCAUGCUGCCGACGGGGGCGAGGGGCCGAUCGACACCUGCGGCCCUCCGGGACCCAAGAGCGAGUUCCUCAAAAAGGCGUGCGCGGCGGCCUGCAGCAACGUCGGCGUCCUCCGCCCCAAGAACGGGCCCGAGACGCUGCUGGGCUGGGGGCUCGGGUGGGCGUUUGCCGCCGGCGAUGCGCGGCUGCAGGCGGACCGCCAGCAGGCCAAGGAUGAGGGCCGCGCCUUUGUCAUCUCGGAGCGCACCGAGCGCGAGUACGUGCUGCGCGUCAUCAUCGAGGCGCUGCCGAGCAAGGAGGUCGUCAACCAGCUGGUCGAGGUGUACGAGUCGCGGGUGCGCUACCUGUGCGGCCACAUCAUCCACAUCCCCUGCCUGCGCCGCGAGAUCGAGGCCUUCUACGCGCUCGAGUCGGUCGAGAAGCGCGCGCGCGUCGUCAACCAUGUCGACGCCGGCUGGCUGGCGAUGCUGCUCUCGGUGCUGGCGCUGGCGCUGCGCUUCUACCCGUGCCAGCCCAAGGAGGGCUGGGUGCCUGUCAAUCACCUCUUUGACGGCGGCCAGACGGUGGCGCUGUGGCACUCGGCGUCCAAGACGUGCCUGACGCUGGCGGGCUACCUCCACUCGACGAGCAUUAGCGUGCUGCAGAGCAUCCUGCUCAACAUGCUGCUGCUCGGUGGCAGCUGGGUCGGCGACUCGCGCGACACGGACCAGAUCGUGGCGCAGGGCUCCCUCAUCCGCGUCGCCAUCUCCAACGCCCAGGAGAUGGGCCUGCACCGGCUGGGCGACCUCGACAAGCAGGGCACGCGAGAGGACCCGCCGAGCAAGGUUAUCCGCCGCGAGAUUGCCAAGCGCGUGUGGUGGGCGCUCAUCUCCAAGGACUGGUGCAUGGCCGCCUCGGGCUCGCGCAAGGACUACAUCAUCGAUCGCGACCGCUUCAACACGCCGAUGCCCGGCAACUACAACGACGACGACCUGCUCAUCUCGCCGCUCCCCGCGCCCCGGCCGCGCGAGGAGUUCACCGAGAUGUCCUACGUGCUCUCCAACCUCGAGUUUAGCCUGGCCAUCAAGGAGGACUUUGACGUGCGCAACCGGCGCGAGAUGCUGGCCGCGUCGACGGGCGGCGACCGCCGCAUCACGUGCGCCGAGGCGCGCGCCCUCGACCAGCGCUACCGCUCCGUGCUCGAAAAUGCCCCGCACUUUUUCCGGGUCGGCUCCGACGCGGUGGCCGAGGGUCGCGUCACCUGCGCCGAGGUGCAGCGGUGGCUACUGCAGCAGGGCGUCUUCAGCAAGCUGCUCCGGAUCCACCGCCCGACGCUGUCGAGCCGGCAGGAGUCGAGGACCAACUGCGUGCUGCUGGCGCGCUCGAUCCUCGACAUGCAGAAGAAGAUUCGCUCCAAGUGCACCGUCAUCGACCGGCUGUGGAUGAACCUGAUGCAGAGCUUCUCGGCGGCCAUCGUGCUGGCGCUCCACCUGCUCCACUCGCGCCCGCAGGCCGACCACCGCCUCGCCGUCAGGUCCGAGAUCCUCGAGGCCAUCAGCGCGCUCAAGCAGAUCGACGGCGGCCUCUGCGCCAACGUCAAGUGCAUCCGCGUCAUCGAGGCGCUUCUGGCCGAGGAAGAGGAGCGCUGGCAGGCCGGCAAUGCGGUCCUGGCCAGCACGGGCCGCAACGGAGCGGCAGACCCGAUGGCCGGCAUGCCGCCGCACCAGCUGAGCCACAAGCGCAAGUGGCAGAACGAGCCCCGCAGCGCCCAGGCCGACGAGGCUGGCGGCCACGGAAGGAGGAAGAACCUCCUGAGCCUGGCGCAGAGGGUGGCGGCGGCGACCAUGGGCAGCGGCCAAGACACUCCUCGGCCCGCUGAUCUCGUCGCAGCCGCCGCUGCCGCCGACCAGGACGACAGCCACAAGCGGGCGGCCACGCAGGCAGCCGUUCAAGGCAACGGCGGUGGCUUCACGCACCUCUCGACAACGGCGGCCUUUGCUCCGAACCCGAUGCACAUGGGCGCAUUUGGCGCCGACGCCUCGUCGCUGCCGCUCAGCGCCAUGACGCUGCCGAACCCAGGCCCCAGCCCUCUGCCGGCGCUUGCGAGCUCUGGCGGCGGUGGCGGCGGCGGCGCAUCCGGCUUCGAGAACUUCAACUUCCAGUUCCCUGUCCUUCCCUACAACGCGCAGCAACCGCAUCUCGUCUAUGACUUCAGCAGCAACUCGGGCUCGCAGAGCGGCGGGGCCUCGGGCGCCGCUCCCUGGAGCGUGGACAAUGUCCGGCACGUGUCGGCGCCCAACGGCGUCGACUUUUCGCUCAACAACCCCAACACGCCGCCCGACGGCCAGGCGUUUGACCUCGCUGCCUUCCUCGAGCAGUGCGAGAACUCACCCGGCAGCUCGAGCGACGGCAGCGGGAUGCCCGGCGACCAGCGGAGCUUUUCGUUUGCGUCCGACACGAGCGGCCACGACCAGAGCCGCUCGGCGUCGAUCGACGGCGUCUCGUCGAUGUUUGGCAGCCCGGCCCAGACGUCGGGCGUCAAGCAGGAGAACGCUGCCGACUCGUUGGCCGCCUCGUCAUCGUCGAACGGGGCGCUGGACUCGUCGCCGUCGAACAGCGCCCCGCUCGUGCCGGCCAACAACAUGGACUCGUUCUGGAAUUGGGUUCUGACGCAGGGCAGCGCCGCCAGCACCGCGUUGCCGGCAGCGACCACCGCCGGGGCCGAGAUGCCGCCGCCGCCGCCGCCGCUGCCCCAGCAGCAGCAGCAGCCAGCAAUUCAGCAAGCGCUGUCGUCGGCCGUCGGUACUACCUCUGUACCCGCCUCGACCGGUCUGACGCCGUUUGCCCUAAAUGAUCUGCCCUUGACCACGGCGGCCGAGGCAUCUGCGCUCCUGUCGGCCGCCCCUCUGUCGUCGACCACCGACCAGCCCAGCGUUUCGGCGGCGACGACCAUGGCCCCCGCCUCCGUCGCCACGAUGACAUUGGCCCCGGCCUCCGCCGCCCCCACCAUGUCGACGUCGACCGCGGUCCCCUUUCCUCUGUACCAGGUCGGCACGCCGUCCAACAUGGACAUGGGCAACGUCGGCGAUGUGCAGGCCAAGAUGCUUUCGACGCCGCAGUCCGGCGGCAUCCUUUCGCAGUCGCCGCUGCCGUACGCGGGUACCUUGCCGGGCUACGGCACGCCGAGCGCCGACGUGGGCGUCGACAGCUUCCUCGGCGCGCCGCUCUACGACUUCACCGACUACGCCCUAGCCUGGACCGCGUCAAACCCCAACGCCGCCGUCAACACUGCGUCGGGGCAGGGCCCCAUUUCGGAUCCCUGA